AUGGAUAGAAUACGAACAAAUUUAGUCUGUCACUGUCUUUUGUUCCUCGUUUGCGUCUCUCAUGCAUUGGCCAGCGGCAAGUACCCCGAAACAAAUGUACCACUGGAAGGGAGUGACUCUACAGAAAAUUCUGAAACUGCCACAGCAAUACAAAUAUACAGGCAUCCGAGGAUGUAUCGACGUGGACCUCAAGAUGAUGAUUUUGAUCACGAUUAUCAUGACGAUCAUCAUAUGAAGGAAGAGGAACAGAAGGAAAUGAAAGCCAUGUCUGAAGCAAAAGUCGACUAUUGGGGCGGUUAUUAUGACUUUCUUAUCAACGAGGGUAGUUACAAGUUUUGGGCUGUUUUUCAACUUGCCACCGCGGCUCUUCUCAUUUACAGCGGUUUCGCCGCACUUUAUUACGCUAAGGUGAAUCCCCCAACCACUGGUGACGAAUUUGACGACAUAUUUCGUCGCCGACGAAGAAGAUCGCUGCUCCUCUCUCCUCAGGAGAGACCGUUUUGUGGUUUAGACAGCGCAACGUUUCAAAGGAUACUCGAUGCGCUCGCAAGGGAAUUCCACUGA